GACACCCUUUGGAACACUGUCAUGUGGCGGGCACUCCAUAAUGGAACCCUUUUCCAAUGGAAGGGCACACAGGGAACGCCAACCAUUUUAAGGGGCACCAAGACAUUGCAUCAUGUUUUCAACAGCAGAAGGACAAUCAUUAAGACAUGUUCUUGAAUUUUACUCAUUUCCACUUAUUGUUUGAAGUGGUACUCUAGGGCACGGAAAUAUUUUUGUCAUGGUCAGUCAAUUGGACACUUUUGAGGGCACAUUUUUUCAACAAUAGAGGCACCCCUCUGUGUCUGCCAGUGAUUCUGCAUGACUGGAAACGGUUGUAUGCUCUUUUCUUAUUCUUAUGUAAGGUCUUUGUUGGCACAUUGUUAUGGUUGGAACAUGAUGCACUUCUCUAAAUAGACACUAGGGGCGACCUUUCCUCCUAUAGCAUGCCACAACAAUGACCAGGACGCUUUUAAUACCUGUAUUCCACCAGGCUGAGAGAUCCAUUUGUUGGGGCUGCAUAGAUGCUAGCUGCAGUAUACAAUGUUUCAUUACUUCGUGGCCUACACAGCGUUCCUCUGCAGCAGAUGGUUGCCGAGAGAUCAGAGACUCCGAUUUCAGAUCAUUCUGGUGACAUUUGUAGUGGUUCUCCUCACUCCACAACUAUAUGUCUUGACCAGGCCAAGAUCAUCUCGAUAUUGCCAGCAGCCUAUCCUCAAUAACCUCAUAGUCUUCAUUAUCUUCUCAUUCAUAGCAACAGGUUUUUCUGUGGCUCUCACACUCCUGGACCCAGUUCCACAGAGUUUCAUUGUGGCCUUCCAUCUGUUUGGAGUCCUUUCAUUUGCUCAUGGGCUGUGCACCACGCUUCUGACUCUACUUGCGACUGACUGUGCAUGGACAACGACAGAACUCUACUAUCUUUCCCUUGUUCUGUCUUGGGCUUGUAUUCUCUCCACAGGCUUUUUCAUGGCCAGAGCAAGCCUUUGGCUGAUCAGCAAGAUGUGGCCAAGCUGGGUGAAAGAAGAGCUUCUGGAACAAUCUUUGAGCCAAAGGACUAUUCACGUCCAUGCUGAUGCCUCUUAAUUAUUUAUGCUGUUUCCAUGCCAGUGCGAGAACGAUACUCAGAUAGGGAACAAAGAUCCUAUUACAACCAAGUACUCUGGGCAGCAGAGGGAAACCAGUCCCUUUUUCUUACAAAGUUUGUCAUGUAACUUUGACUCAUACAGGCACAAAUAGUUUUCACUUCUUCAUCCUUUUUACAUUUUCUUUCCUAUUUAGCAGAGAGAGAAUGAGUUUACCUCAAAUGUUUAUAUGCCUCAUGAGACCGGGUGCAAAGUACAGUCCUGUAUUUUUAUCAGUAUUAACAAUUUCCCAGCAAGUCUACUCGACCAGUGAGGACAGCUGACCGCUCACGUUGUGUGACAGUGAGAGGUCAGUCUGUUCAGAGCCAUUGUGGCAGCCUACUCAGAUGUCAUCGGCAUAUAGCUUUGUGUUGGAUGCCAAGCUUUUAUGUGCGGUUGAUCCUCUUUCAAGCACUAGUGGAAAGCGAGAGAUAGUAGAGUGCCACCCCAACAAUGCCAUUCUGUCAAUUCAGCUCUUACCUAAACAUGCCUGUUGGCUUAUUCAUUUCCACUGAAGUCUGCCAAACAGCAGAUUUUAAAACAUAGUAGUAUGGCUUAAAAGAUGCAGUCAGCGAUUGCACACAAAGUCAUGUUUGUUUAUGUUCGUAAUUAAAAUUAUUAGCAGGCACUAUUGUCCACAACAACAUACAUUUUAACCAAGGACCAAACAGAACACCUCAGGUAGUUCACCCUUCCCUUCAGUAUUCUCAGAGAAACUCCACACAGGGUUUCGUUUUUGUUUGGGGGACACUUUGUUUGUUUCCAGUUUUCGGAGCCUAGGCUGCCUACAGAGACUUUUUUUUUUUUUUUACAGUCACAGAAUGGGCAGCUAGCGGAUCGUGAGGAGGCGAUUGCUGAAUGUGAUAAAACAUGUUAUGGGCUUGAAAUUGCCUAUACGAUCGCUCACUGUACCUUAAGGAAUGUGUAGAUAUAUGUGCAACACAUAAUGGUUGUUCAGUAGCAUCAUUUAGCUGUCUUGUAAUUUAAGAUUUAGAUUUUAGUCAUUCGAGUAUUACU